GUAUCCUUGGUUGCAAAGAAAAGCUUUAGUGCCUAAGGAAAAGUUUGCGAGGAAAGAUAAUAAGAAGUGAAAAUGACAUCUUUACGUAAUCCUUAUCCUUAUCCAUCCUACGAAAAUGAUAAUGACUUUGCUGGUCUAAGGAGUUAUAAGAAAGAAGCAUACACCCAACCAACACAUUUGGAUCAAAAACAAGAUCCUUGGAACAGAUUAAACUGUUCCGGAACGUUGUCUUCAACCAGACGUGAGGUCUACAAUUACGAUCCAAAAGCUCCAAGGGAUUCUUUGGACUUUGUCUUAAAAGCAGACUACGACCAUCAUAGAGAAUGGUUGAAAGGAAAGAAUGAAACGCUCUUUCAACCCGAGACUUUAGGACAACAAAACGGGAGAGUUUUGAAGAACAGAGUUGUUGAACAACCUCCCGCUGCAUUAGAUUUGAAUCAUCCACUAAAAUCUGCUUCAGCAGAAUUUAAAGAGAGUCCAAAUAGCAUUAAAUGCGCCAUAGAGAUUAAAGAUAAAUCAAUAAAUUUUUUCUUGAACCUCUUUUAUUUUCUAUUUAAACAGAAGGCCAUCAUUCUCAAGCAACUAAAAGAGGUUAUAAUAGAAAACCGGAUGGAGGAUUUUACAUAAAAUAGAAAGAAGUGUAAAAAGACGAUUAUUUGAGAAUGCAGAAAAUCUUUUAAAAAGAAUCGACAAAAAAAAUAAUUCUACAUUUAUUUAUAAAGCUAUGAAAGGAUUAUAAAAGAAGUAUUAACAGAUAAGAAAAUAAACAUUCAUAUAUUAGUUUUAACUAUAUGUAUAUAUAUAUAUAUAUAUAUAGUUGAUUUUUGACAUCUUCUGCAGUAUUUCUAUUUUCAUUUUAAUCAUUUAUUUUAUUCAGUAAAUGCAAAAAGUUUGGGCCAAAUGAAUAAAUAAUGAUUCAUUUAAAAAUUAAUAUGAUUUUCAGUCAUUUUUCAAUCCAAUUUUUAGCUUUCUCUCUCUCUCUCUCUCUCUCUCUCUCUCUCUCUCUCUCUUUCCGCUUCUCUCUUUUAUAGAAGAUAUAUUCUUCCCCACAACAUUAAACUCUUUCGUUUAUAAAUUUAUAUAUAAAUUAUCGAGUUGAUUGAACAUAUUGAAUAGAUUGCUACUGUAAAGGUGUGAAUUGAAUAAUUUAUUCUCCCUAUGCUACACAUGUUUAAUCAAUAUUAAGGAGAUAUCAAUUGUUUAAUUUUUUGCCAUAGUAGAUUUAUUAAUGAAUUUAUCUAGUAUAUUUUAAGGAAUAGGCCUAGUUUUAUAUUAUUGUUAUUAAUAGGUUCUAUAUUCAUUUAGUGAGCGAUUCGUUUCUAUCUAUCAUUGGUUUUAUUCUAUGAAGUAUAAAGCGUUGAUUGGGUAAUGCAACUUUUUGACUAUAUCUCCUUGGUGCCUUUGAAUCAUCUCUUGAUUCAUCAACAUCAACGAUUUCGCUAGGGGGAAUUACUAAAUUCAUUUUUGAAUACCCGUUAUAUUCAACCACUGCUCCAACAGAGUUAGUUGAAUUGAGUUUAUCAAAUUGGCUAUUUGUUCUCGAUUCCCAGUCUAGUUUUCUUUCUAUAUUUUUCAUAUUUCCGAUAGAGUUUCUUAAUUUUAUGAGGAGUAGUUCAAUCUCGGUAUAAUUAUUUUGAGAACGGGGAUUUGGCGGUUCUGUUGGAUCAACUGAAAAAUUAGAAUCCAUAUCUAUAGGAUCUCUGAUAUUAAUAUUCAUUAUUCUUUUAUAGAUAUGCUUAAAUGUUGGUUGUAAUUUGUCGGGAACUUCGUAUAAAUUAUACGAUUCUCCUAGUCGACCAUUUUCAUCAUGCAAAGAGAAUAUUAAUAGAUUAUUAACAUUAAUAUAUUUUUCCUUUAUUUUUUGGACGUCUUUCCUUUUCUUAACCUUUCUCCAAGGAAGAGCUCCGGUACUCAUUUCAAUAAGCAUAUAAAACCAACUGAUUAGAUCAUCCUGGUAAGAGAGAUACUCCUCCCUAUGGGCUCUUAGUGAAGCAUAUCUAACAGUACCCCUAAAUCCAGCACCGUUUCUUCUCUCUGGAUUAACAUAAUCGAAAUGGGGAGGAUAAGUGGAUAAAACUCUUUUCCCUGAGAGAACUUUGGUUAAUCUUCCAAAUGUAUAAGCUAAACCGAAGUCAACAAGAAAAAUUUCGCGAUUUCUUGACUUUCCAAGAACAAAAUUCGAUGGUUUUAUAUCUCUAUGAACAAAACCAAUGGCGUGAAGGGUUUUUAUCGCUUUAAAAGUCUCCAAAGCCAAAUAACUGAUUGUAUAGAUUCCAAACUUUUGAUCGGGUUCGUUUCUCCUAAGAUCAGUUAAAUUUCGACCCAUUAACUCCAUAAUUAUAUAAUAAUACGCUAUGAAUUUAUUAUGAUUAAUAGGAGUACCUCCAUGUUUCCAAUCCUUAUAAUCAUCGUCCUCUAAUUCAACACUAAACCCUUUGAGAUAGCAAAAACGAUUAAAUUCAACAUUGACAGGAAACUUGAUAUCUCCAUUACUAUAUUCUUUAUAUUUUCUUUCAAUCCUUCGAAUUAUAUCAAAUUCCCUUUUUAAAGAGGGCCUCUGUUUUUCAGUACCUUUGAUACCUUCUACUUUUAUUGCGCACAUUUGCGAUCCUUUUCUAAUUUCGUAUACUUGACCGAAACUACCUCCACCUAGUUUUCUUAAAACUUUCCAACCAUUUUCAACAAUAUCGCUCUUUCUUAGUAUACAAUCAUCAUCGUCGCCAUUAGCAUCACCGUUAAAGUUCCAUCGCCCCCCAAAGUCAUAUUUUUUCUGAUAGCAUUUACAUUUUAUGUAGCAAAGACUCUUUACAUUAUCUAUUUAAAUGAUAUUUUAUACGUGCUAUACAUUCAAUAUACUGUACAUUCAUAGUAAAAGUACCUAGAUAAUAGUCUCAAAUUUAAAACUAGGCCUAGUGUACAUUUAUAUUAAAAUCCUUAGACUAGCUCAAGUACAGUAUAUGUAUAUAAAUAUCUAUCUAUAUGAUAUAAGUGGGAAUUCUCAUUUAAACUAG